AAGAAGAAAAAGCAAAGACAAAGCAGUCAAAAUUCAGACAAAAUUACUCUCUCAAAUUUCAGCAAAGCAUCAAAGUAAAGUCCACCCUCCACUCCACCUCCAUUACCAAAAAGCCCAGUACAGAAAAACAUAAUAAAAAAAGGGUUAAAAAAAAGGGGGAAGCACUCAAAUCAUCCAUCAACAAGCAAUUCCACUACUCACUUCUCUCUCCUCAAUCAAUUCUGGGCAAAAUCCAUCACUCUCAAACGGUCGAAUUUGCUAAAAAAAACUUCAAAAAGAGGUUCAGAAAUGGCAGGGUAUAGAACAGAUGAUGAUUAUGAUUACUUGUUUAAACUUGUUUUAAUUGGAGAUUCAGGAGUGGGUAAGUCAAAUUUACUAUCGAGAUUCACAAAAAAUGAGUUUAAUCUGGAGUCUAAAUCUACUAUUGGGGUUGAGUUUGCAACUCGGAGUUUGACUGUUGAUGGUAAGGUCAUUAAAGCUCAGAUUUGGGAUACUGCUGGCCAAGAAAGGUACCGAGCCAUAACUAGUGCCUACUAUCGAGGAGCUGUUGGUGCUUUACUCGUAUAUGAUGUCACCCGAAAAGCUACUUUUGAGAACGCUUUAAGGUGGCUAAGAGAGCUAAGAGAGCACACUGAUCCAAAUGUUGUAGUCAUGCUAAUUGGGAACAAGUCAGAUCUUCGACAUCUUGUGGCUGUCACAACUGAUGAAGGAAAGGCUGUUGCUGAGCAAGAGGGGCUCUUUUUCAUGGAAACUUCUGCUCUUGAGGCAACCAAUGUGGAAUUAGCUUUUACGGAGGUUCUCACUCAGAUUCAUCGUAUUGUGAGCAAGAAGGCUGUCGAGGCUGGUGAUGCUUCUGCAUCUGUUGUUCCAUCCCAGGGAGAGAAUAUCAACAUAAAAAAUGAGGGAUCAGCUUGGAAGAAGAUGGGAUGUUGCUCUAACUAGUUGUUAUUGUUAGUAAGUCUUUGCUGCUAUACUUUUUUGUUUCCCUUGGGAAAAAUUUCUUACUGGUUGAAUUUCAGCAGGCCGCCUUGAUUAAAAAGAAAGAAUAGGGAUUUUUAAUGUCUAUAUAUUAGUAAAUGUUCUAGAUGCUUACAUUUUAGUAGAAGUGAUUUGGAAAAAAUUUCUUUUUGUUUUUAAGCCUGGACUAUGAUUUAUGUUCAUAAUUGUUAUUAGAACAUCACCUGGAUGAUGCAGCAGAUUACUGGGUAACCUCUGUUAAUUGAAUCUGCCUUUCUGCCA